AUGCCACAAAAAGCAUCCUCGCAUCGCCCAAGUACCCUCGUCGCCCAGACCUCCGACAUCCUCUCCGACAUCCUCGUCCACCUCCCACCCUCUUCCCUCUUCUCCUGCCUCCUCACCUCAUCGACCUUCUUCCACUCCGCCGCCCCUUUGCUAUAUCGCGAACUACAUGUCAAGCACGCAAAAGACUGCUUUGUCGGGUCCACGAGGGAGAGAGCGGCGAGUGGGAUCUUUGAUGUCGGCCCUAGCGUCCCGACGCCGCCUUCGCCUGCGGACCCUUACAGCAAGAACACGCUUUUGAAAUAUGUGAGAGACGUGCAUAUCCACACGCAUGGCAAGAAUGAGUGCCCUUUCGUGCUGCACUAUAUCAAUCCUCUCCCGAAUCUACAAUUCGUCCACCUCGCGAACGGGCCGACGCCGGAGGAGCUGGCUUCUGAGGAUGUAUGCACCAGCGAGGGGUGCCAGUUUUUGGCCAAAGUGUGUGAAGGGGCGAAGAAAGUGCUAUUGAGGAGUCUAGAGAUGGGCCCCAUCAAGCCGCUCAAAGAGCUCGAGCACAUCGUGCUCAAAGUCCGGCUUUGCCAACUACCAAUCUACCUCUUCCAAGACCCCAACUACGUCUGGCCCCUCCCCAUCAUCGCAUCCAAAGCCACCACCCUCGACCUCGUCUUCUGGGACGAACGCCAUUGUUUCCGGGUGGACUGGCAUAAAGUGCCCGGGGGGUUUACGCGCUCGUCGAUGGGGUUGACGUUGAGCAAGAUGGUCAUCGGGAACGGGGAGGGGAUCCGGAUGAAGGGAUGCUCGUAUUGUGAUGAGCGGGGGUGUGUGAGGCAUUUGCCGGAUGCGAGGGCGCAGCUACCGGCGUUGAUGUAUGCGCUGGGAGAAGGGUCGGAGGUAAGGAGGGUGAGAGUCUGGAAUUGUGAAAAGACGGCGGGGAGGCAGUGGGAGAGGGCAGGACCGGUCAGUGUGGAGGAGGUGAAGAGGAGGAUGGAAGAGUCGUUUGUGAGAGGGAGAGAGGAGAGGGCGAAACUGAGGACGGGGCAGGAUGUGGUGCUGGGGUUGGAGGUGUCGUUCCAGUCGUCGGCAGAGUAUUACAACUCGCCAGCGAGAUGGAACGGAGAGAUGGACGACGAGGAGAGAGAUUACUGGAGUAUGAUGGCCAUUCCUCCCUCCGGUAAAAUAUUGAGCUUGAGAGGGGAAGCGACAGCCAUGAUCGGUGGAGAUGAGACGAGGUGGGAUGGAUACACAGAGCACGAACUGGAGGAGAUGAUUGAGACGGAGAAGCAAUGGCAAAGGGCCAUAGACACUGUAGUGAGAGAAGACGAGGAGUGA